CAUGUUGCAAUAGUGGAAAUCGCGGGCGAGUACAAAAAACUCAGACCGAUUGCACUGCAAACACCCUGGGCCAAGAGGAACUGGUAGUACUCGGUCGCCAGGGACGCCAUCAUGAGCCCAAACACAUGCAAGAACGUGCCGACCAGAAUGAGCGGCGUUGGGCCAUACUUGUCAAACAGAAAGCCGACGGCAGGCCCCAUAAAAAAAAGGAAAAAGAUCUCGAGCGACGGGAUCCAUGCAAUGGUGCUGCUGUCGUAGUCCUUGAGAGGACCGAAUUCGUAAUAGCUCUGAAAAACGCCCACGCUGUUCAUCCAGCCGAAGCUAUUGAAGGAGCAGCACCAAGCGCCUAGAACAGCGAGCCAGGCGCCGGUGCCACCAUCGGGAGGGCCGUCAACUUGCAGCUGGACCUCGUUAUCUGGCUUGUCAGAACCAUGAGACAGCUGUGAUUCGUCGGCGGUUUGUGAACCCCCCUGCACGGUGUCGCUGUCGGUUGGGACAGCCUUUUCUGAAGACAUGGUCUCCUGCUUGCGGUGACUUAUUUGGGGAGCGAGGACUGAUCACUGAAGGAGUCAGAGGCAAAGAAUUUUGAGAAGAGUAAACAAGGAGAUGAGUUGGUGACGGCGUUGUGGUGACGGAGCUGUAAAGUAGCUGGAGGAAGCCUUGCUCAGUUUUUCUCAAAUUUUGCUUGUUUCUUUUGACGGCAUGUACGCGAGCUCACGCGCUUAUUAAUUCGAGACAACAUAGCAG